CCAGCACUAUUAGCAACACACAAAUUUUUUCGCCCGCAAACAGCGCGUCUCUUUAUAAAAACUUAUCUUAGAUCGGUACAAACAAUGGCAAAAUGCAUCCGGCGCAGCCGGCAAAGGUGUCGCACGCCGGUAAAGCGGUGUCCGCCGUAAAACAUUCACGCCAAGGCCCCGUCCGGCUGAAGCCCAUCUCAGUGCCGGUCUUCGAGCUGCCGGAGUACGUUUGCGUGGAGACCAAGUGGGUGACACGUACAUACGCGAUGGAGAAUGGCAUUCCAGUGGUGGGACUACAUGACCCGAUCACCAAUGGUGUGGCUACAGAAGCCCCCAAGAAGUCCGCGCAGCAGGAAAGACUUAACGAAGUUACUGGAAUGUUUACGAGCGAGGCGUCAGCUCCGUGCAGAGAACGCGCCAUUCAAACGGAAGAUGCGGGCACUAAGGACGUGGGCAUUCAGUGCCGUCGCGAUUCGGAGGAGUGGAACCUUCCGGAGGAUCGGCCAAAGGAUACAACUUCUGAAGACUCCGACUCCGACCAUUUCCUCACAUACGUCAGCGAGAACACGAGCAUGUUUCCCAACGGCAUGUUGGAGUGCAUGGUGUGCGGCGAUAUAGCCAAUACCUUGCUGGAGCAUCAGGCCCACAUGACGGUGCACUAUGGACCAGGUGCUCUGUGCUUUAACUGUGGGCAGCGUCUGGAGCACAAGAACCUAAUGAAGCGUCACAGUCUUAGCUGUCCCGCUCUGGCGCCCAGAAAGUCAUCCAUGCUCUUUAAAUGCCCCCACCCCCUUUGCAAUGCCAUGUGCCACUCGGAGAUGCAGUUGCUCCAGCACCUGCAGAACCAUAUCGACAGGAAGUGCUACAGAUGUCUUCAGUGCAAGCGUUACUUUAACACCACUACCUCCUUGUUGAUACAUCGAAAAAUAAAUCAGAGUUGUACCAAGGCGAAAGCUGUCGCCCUCUUUCGGAGACACAAUCGGCUGCCCAAGGGUAGAUGUGAUCCCAGACGUUGCUCAGUUUGUUUAAAGCGUUUCAGCAGCGAGAGGGUAUGCCGUCGUCACCGGAGAAAGUGCAUCCUCGGCCAUUACAGACGGCUGUCUAAGGUCCUCUUCAAAGAAUUAUGAAUAGGUUAUACAAAUCUUGACCUACUUGGUAUUUAUUAGUUGAUAGAAAUCGAUAACAAUAAAGCGAACAAAUCCUACGAAGCCUGUA